GGUCACCUGUAGCGCCAUUGUUAGCAGUGAUGUGUGGGAUGAACAGAAGAGGUCACCUGCAUGUCAGACACAGUUGGACAGCUUAUUCAAGACCACUCCAAGUAAUGCAGAGCAUCAAUGCCUCACAUCACAAUGAUUAUACUGUUGCUUGCUAUUUUCUUCUAUACAAGUUAUAUAUCAGGAACUGACAUCCCACAAUCACCAACUGAAGUAAUUAAAGUGAAGUUGGGGAACCACAUAACUUUAAACUGCUCUUUCUCAAAGGAUCAAAUGAAAAAUAAUUUAUUUUGGUACAAGCAAGUGUUUGGACACAAGCCUCGAGUUAUCGGAGUGGUGAAAACAUAUUCGGCUGUUUUUUAUAACAACGCGUUUAACAAUACACGUUUCAGGAUCGUGAAAACUGAUCACCAUGUGCAACUGGUUAUUUUCGAUACAAAGUUAUCUGAUGAGGGAAUGUAUUUUGGUGGAGUUGAAAUGUCACACAAUAUUGAAUUUGGAAAUGGAACCUUUUUGUCAUUUCAAGAAAAUGAGAAGAGCUCCAGUACCAUCUCUGUGGUGCAAUCCCUGUUAUCGGACCCAGUUUAUCCAGGACACUCAGUGACACUACGUUGUACAGUGCUCACUGAGACCAGAACCAACGAUCUCAAGAUUUUCUGGAUCAGCACAGCUUCAGGAGGAGAUCUCCAUCCUGGAAGCAUUUAUGUACACAAAAACAGCAGUUCUCAGUGCGAAAUCACUUCAGAAAAGAGCUGUACCAAUGAGCUCUUGAAAAGCCAUGUUGGCCUUGAUGAUGUAGGCAUGCAUUACUGUGCUGUGUCCACAUGUGGACGAAUAGUACUGGGAAACGGCACCAUGCUGCAAAUCGAAAGCAGUUUGCAUCACUUGGUUGUCGGGUUGGGACUGGCACUUGUGAUGAGCCUGGUGGUUAUAUUAGUUCUGGUCUGUGUGAUUUACUAUCGAGUAGGAUUCCACAGCAGUAUAUGUGGUCAGCAGGUCAAGCAUAACAACUCUCUGUCAGUGGCCUCUGGUGAUCAGGCAGGUGACUCUGGAGCACUGAUGUACACAACGCUGCAUUUCUCCAACACAGCAGGCAAGAGAGGGAGGAAGAAGAAGAGCUCUCCACCACCACAGGAUGUUGUCUACUCUAGUGUCAACCUGACUUAGUGGAAGCUUUCUAUAAGGCCAAUGUCUUACCUGUUGGGCAGCACAGACUUCUGUUCUCUCUCACGUGUCAUAUGUCACUGGAUACAUUUAGGGCUCUAUCUUGCACUCUAGCGCAAUUGACUUUGUAUACUCGCGCUUUUGUCUUUCCUAUUUUG